CAGCAAUUUGGCGUCCAAAGAGUGGCUUCACUGGAAGCGAACCUUCGUGAACUUUUGUCAGUCCUACCUCAAGAAAACCUCGACAAACUAUCAGUUUUAGCCAACUUUGUAUCUCCUACAAUCUUCCAACACAUUGAAGAUAGUACAGACUAUGAUGCUGCCAUGGAGAUAUUGGAAUCUCUUUUUAUCAAACCCAAAAAUGAGAUUUUUGCCCGACAUGUUCUAGCUACAAGGCGUCAACAACCGAGUGAAACACUAGAUGAGUACCUUCAAGCUUUGAAAACUUUAAGUAAAGAUUGCAAUUUCAAGAACGUGACAGCUGCUCUGUACUGUGAAGAGAGUAUUAGAGAUGCAUUCAUUACCGGACUGCAGUCUAGCCACUGUUAG